UCCUUCCGCCUUCCCGGCGGGCCACGCGCGGCGCCUGCGCACUCGGUGACCUUUGCGGGUCGGCUUCGCGGUGUGGAGYGGCUUGAACUAUUGGUUCUGGCGAGAUGCUUCAAACCAUUAUUAAAAACUACUGGGUCCCCUUGAAGCCCUACUAUACCCAGGUUUACCAAGAGAUUUGGGUAGGAAUGGGGUUAAUGAGCUUCAUUGUUUAUAAAAUCAGGAGUGCUGAUAAAAGAAGUAAAGCUUUGAAAGGUUCAAGUCCUGCACCUGCUCAUGGUCAUCAUUAGCCAGCUUGCUUGAAUACAGAAUCGUCAGCCUGUAAAUCUAAGCAGGCUUUGUUAAAUGGGAACACGGAAUGUCGCCAUACCCUUAUAUAAGUACCACGUUCUACGUGGCAUGAAUAAAUGAUCUGUGAGAUGCACCACUACCAUGCCA